AGAAUAGAUCUUGAAGUUUAUUCAUUUCUUAGCUAAUCAAAGGAAAUCUUUUUUGUAAUUUUAAAAAUGAUUUAACACUAGAAUAGGUAAAAUUCCACAUCUAUUAAAUAUCUAUGUAUUAAAAUUGUGAGUGUGAGAAAAAACUAAUAUAUUCAUCAGACCAUGAAUAGUAGUAAUUAUAAGGAAAUUGAAGGCAAAUUAAAGACAGUUUGACCUUGAAGAUCUUCAGUUUUUACAAUGACCUAAUGCUUCAAGCAAGAAAACAAAUAAUAUUGUUUUAUAAAGCAUUAGUAGAAUUUCUGGAUCUUACAAGUUCAGCAUUGUUUGUACGGAUGUAGAUGCUCUUGGCCAGCCUUUUGGUUCCAUUCGUUCAGUUGAAAGCGCUUGGAUUAAUCGUCUUCAAUGGCUAAGCACACCAAAAAGGUAGGAAUCACUGGUAAAUAUGGUACCAGGUAUGGUGCCUCUCUUCGAAAAAUGGUAAAGAAAAUGGAAAUAACUCAACAUGGAAAGUACCCAUGCUCCUUUUGUGGGAAGACUGCAAUGAAAAGAACCUGUGUCGGUAUUUGGUCCUGCAAGCGGUGCAAGAGGACUGUUGCUGGCGGCGCUUGGGUAGUUGCCACAACCGCAGCAACCUCAGUUAGGUCAGCAGUUAGGCGCCUUAGGGAAGUUAAGGACCUGUAAAUUUAAUUUUUAUUAUUGUCAAUAAAGUUUUUAUUAUAAUAAUAUAUUUUGUUUGCUUUUUAUACUAUAUACCCUUGUCUUUAAAUAAAUUCAUCCUGAAAUGCCUUGAUCAGGAGAUCUUAUAUUCCAUCAAAAGUUCAUUUUCUAUGUGACAUUAAUAAACAGAAAGUAUUACUGUAAAUUGUUUCGAAUCAGAACAAACUCACAGGCCACAAAAGGUGUUUUUGUGAUGUGAUAAUCUUUAUCAAUGGACCCCUGGAUAAAGAUUCUAAUGAUAUGGUAAAAGAUUGUUUUGUCUUAGGCAAUUAAACUCACAACCUAUAAAUUUAUGUUUUGCUGAGCACCCACUUUUUUUUUUUUAAUUAGUUCAUUUUUUUGGGAAGAAGACAGUUUUUAGAUUUAUUUUCUGUUAUAUAACCUUACAAACUUGAGUUUUUUUAUUAUCAAAAGGUUUUCCUAAACUGCAGUUCUGAUCGAUAUCACAAUAAAGUGAAGUGAAGAAGCCUACAGUAAUCUUCAAAAAUGGCAUUUAAUUAACAUUUUAAAAUAGAAAUUUGCAAGUGAUUUUGAUAUGCUCUAGUUAUUGGGCAUUGACAUUAACUUUCGUUACUUUAAAUCUUAAUAUUUUAGUCCAAAGCCUUGAAAAAUCAAGUUAAUAGUUUAUUAGUUUAGGGGUAGGUAAUGAGUGAAUUCUGUUAAAAAGUUAUUCUGUAAUAAAUAUAACACUUAUGUUUUCCUAGAUAGAAUUGAAGCAUCAAAAUAUUUCACCUAUAAAAAAAAAAGUUCGAAAAUUUUCACGAUCGCUAUACUUAAGUGAUGUAAAAAGUUUAUACGUAAGUGAAAGUAAAAAUUUCAAAGCUGGUGAAAUUAUCAGAAUUUAUUAAUUAGAAGUAUCCAAUUUUCUUUAACACACUGGGGACUAGGAAGGCCUAAAGUUAGAUACUGGUAUCCCCCCAGAGUUAGGUACUACUACUUAAGAUGUCAGAUCCAUGGGUUUUCCCGUUCGCUCUAUCGUUCUGACUUCAAGAAGUGGUAAUUUUUAAAUUCUACUUUUCAAAUUGCAUUCUGUUUUUCUUAUUAAUUUUUGAACAUUCAUAUUUAAUUUUUCACCAGAUUGGGAGGUAAUCGCACAAAAUCUGGUUUUCCCUUCUAUUCUGAUAUUUCUAUUAUUGCUACAUUAUUUUGUAUUGGCAUGUUAUAAUGACAUAAGUCAAUAUUUAGUUUUAAAUAAUAAUAUGAAAAUAAUAGUUUUUAAAUAUUCACUUCUAAAAGUUUUUUUAUUGUACUUAAUAUCCGAAUAUACAAAUCAUUUUUAGUCUAAUAACAUCCAAAAUAAUACUUGAAUUAAUUAUUUUGUAUUAAUAUACCUUGAUAAGUCAGGAUUUUUUCUAUCUUUUUUAAUCCAGAAUUCAGUCUGGUGGACUUAUAUGACAUUCUUGAUGGUCACACUUAUUACAUUAUUUAAAAUAAUUUAUUGUCAUCCACCAUGCGGUGAAAAACUUCAUUAUUCUAAUUGCUCUGUUAUAAAGAAACCGAUCAAUCACAUGGUUCACUCAGUAGAGUCUAAUUAGAGGAAUAGGAUAAAAAUAAAAUAAAAGCUGUCUUGAAAAGAAGUAAUAUGAAAUUUUAUUUAGAUAUGUACACUAUGGAAUGUGUUUAAUUUUCUACAAUUAAUAAUUUAAAUUAGAAAUACAUAAUGUUUCAUAAAAAAUAAUUUCAAAUUUUUACCAGACAUAAUUUUACAUAUAUCGUAUUCGAAAAAUAAUGAAAGACCACCAUUUGGAAGCUGAAUUAUAAUUUAAUCACCCUAUGAACUCAAUUGACUCCAUAUUUAUGAAACUUGCUAACAUGAACCAAUUUCAUAUUUAACAAAUAAUAAAUCAUGAUUAUAUUUUUGAAAUGCUAUAUUUUAUUUUAAUUUUCUGUUAUUCCAAUGCAACCUUAAAUUUAUUUUUAAAGAGUAUGUAAAUGCAUUUUUGUACACCACUUGUACUUUGUUUAUAUCCAUAAAAAUAACAUCACAGACCUUGUGAGAGGAAGUUAAAUAUUAAAAUUAUGACAUUUGCAAAUUCUCUUGGUUAUAAUGAGUAUAUUUUCAUAAUAGAUUUUAGAAAUUGUUUAUCAUAAAAAUAAUUUAUAAAUAAAGAAGGAAUGAAUCCGAAGUUCAAAUCUUAUGUCCCUUAAAAACAAAAAGGAGGCUUUAUAACUAAAUAUUAAUUUAAAUGAAAUCGUUUUUAACAUGAGCUUGUGAAGAAGGUUCUUUAAUCCAUAAAAUAUUGAUUGAACUAGUUGAAUAAUUGGUAAUUUUAGGAGUUUGGUGCUAUAUAAUAAGUUGGAAGAUAAAAAAAGAUUUAAUUUCAUCUUAAUUUUUUGACAAACCCAAGAUUAUUAUGAAAUAAAAGCUUACAGGAAGAGAAUAUUUAAAAAAUAGUAUUAACCUUUUUUUAAAAAUAGUUGAUUAGAUUUUGAAAAUUCAAAAAAACAUUUAUAAAAAAAUGGAAACAUUAAACAUUUUACACUGUUGGUUCAAAGUUAGAUAAAUAUGUUGGCUGUGCAGUAAUAAUCGAUCAAAAUGAAAUCCAACAUCCUGCCAGGCAUAUGUUCAGUUUUUAAUAUACAGCUGUGAGGGAAGCCCUACAAUACAUACAGAGAAUGUACAUGCCUAGAUCAAUUAUAGUAAAAGAUUUUAUGAGCGUUCAUAUCCCUACAAAAUUCAGUGAUGAAAAAAUGCAAUAACGAAAAAUUAAAAAUUUCGUUAUGGUCAAUCCAGUUAAAUGAACAAACAUUCAUUCUUUAACGAGUACCUAGCCAUUCUGGUAUCUUUGUCAAUGAGAAAUCUGAUUGUACGGUAACCAGGGCCAGAAAAAACAAUGAUUUAAAAAGCUACAAACCUCGAGCUUCUUACUGCAGGGGAUUGGAUCAAUGAUACUAUAUGGACAUUUUUAAAAGAAUAAGAAAAUGUAGAGAGAAUCAGUGGCUCGAAAUUGGGGGAAAUCAGAGAUUUACAAAUAGAAGAUGAGCAAAAGAAAAUUAAGGUGAGAAGAAGUUAUCUCAUACCGUCUGUCUCUGCAUAUGCAACUGUAAAUUUUCAAAUGAAUAGCAUCUGUAAAAAUUAGAAAUGUUUGCUGAGAAUGCUCGGUGAAUGAACAAGACUGUGGAACAAUUACUAAUAGAUUGCCAUUAGAAUAAAAUCCUGGGGCUUCUAUAAACUUAUGAAACCUCAAUGGUCACUUACAAGACAGCAAAAACAUUGAACAAAUUAUGGAAAUCUUUGGUCAUUACCAAAAUAUAUAAAGAAAAAAGAAACAGCACAGCACCAAUGACCCUUAUAGGUAGAGGUGAUAAACAAAUAGUGGAUAUAUAUUUUUUUAUUAAAAAAAAUAUCUUGAAUUGAGCCUCGAUAUUACAGAAGUGAAAUUGAAAGUGAAUAGAAAGAUGUCCUUCUAAAUAUACACACACAUAUAAUUUCUCUCCUUGCUACCAAUUUCGAUCUUUCAUCAGGCUAACUUAUGAUGGUUCUGUUCUCCUGCUUGUCAGAUGAAGAUGACAGCUUAUCCUUUCUAAAAACAACUAAUUUUUAAGAUAAUAUAUAUGUAUGUAUAUAUGUAUGUAUGUAUAUAUAUAUGUAUAGUCCUAGUAACACACGAGGACUCAUCUUUAAAAAAAAAACAUAUUCUUUAAAAUAAUAUGUAUAUGAACAUAUGUAUGUAUAUACAGUAAUGUUUUUAAAACCUGUAAAUUCUUAAUAUUUUUACAGAUGGAUUUUUAUGAAAUUUUAAUAAUAAUGAGACUCUGAGUUCAAGUUUUAUCUAAACAUUUGUGUAACCAUGCAAUGUUAAACUUUAAUUAUUAAGUCAUUUAUUGUAAUGAGUGAUUUAAAAAUUAAAAGAAAACUUGUGAAGAAUGUGAAAAAAUGUGAAGAAUUAGAAAAAAAUUCAUUGUUGUGGAUUCCAAUUUCAGUACGUUCCAUUCUUUUGUCAUUGUAGUGUGUGUGUGUGUGUGUAUUGAUAUUUUUAUUUUUUGUAACUAUACAACCAAUCUUAUUGUGGUUAAAAUUUGACUUUUGAUGUUCCAGUAGCCAGAAAGAUAAUUAAUCAAUUAAUUUAGGGAAUCAGUUUAUACUAGAUUAGAAUCAAUUUCAUGAAGAUUAACAGUCUGUUAAGCUUAAAAAUUAUUUCAUAAUAAUCCAAAAAUAAAUAUAAUGCAAGGCUCAUCCAAAUAAAAUAAAAAUAAACAGGGCAUCAAUCAAAUCGUAAUACUUGAAAUCUCUUUAUGAAUAUCAGUACAAUUAUUCUAAAUGCUUACCCAACAGGUAUCAUAAAAUUUUCAUUAGUAAAAUACCCUUUUGAAAACUGUGAACUUGAAAUCUGAAAAAUUAUUUUGUUAUGUAUAAAUAUGUACUGGGAUUAAUGUACAAUAUAAUGUGCUUUUAGCAGCUAAAAAUAAAUAAGCCAAGUAUAACAAAUAAUAAUUAAAUUCAAUAAAUAUAUGCCCAUUUAAUAAAUUUUAACAGAAAAUGACUGAAUGAAACGAUUACCAACACAGUAUAACUUGAGUUUAACAAUGACUAAUGAAUUAUAAAAUCAACAUUGUCAUGACAUGAUGUAAUUAAAUUAUUUAUUAACCUAUGAUAUUUUAACUUAUCAGUAGAGUAAAACUUAGAAAGAUUAAAAUUAUAGAAAUCAUAUUCAAUAUAAAAACUAUUUCUGACAUGUAUAAUUGGAAUAUUUGUAAUGGUUCAUUGAAGCAAUUUAAAGAACAUCCAUAAUGAUUUUAACAUAGUUACAUUAAUAAUAUAUUGAAAUUUUAGAAUCCCAAUUAACAACAGCCAAUGAAAUAGGGAAGGAAAAGAAAUAAACUUGUUAUGGAAUAAAUAUUAAUAUCAUUUAUAGAGAUCAAUUUUCUGUCACUGGUGGUCAAAAGCAGACUAGAAAAAACGUUAUUUUACAAAAUAGUAUUAAUAAAAUUUAAAUAGUAUAAAUUGUACUACAAUCCGAGUAUCUUGGUUCCAUUAUCACUGAGGAUAAUAAUAUAAAAGAAGAAAUAAAGGCAAGGAUAACAGUUGGUAUUAGGUGCUAUUGGUCCCUAAUAAAAAUCUUUUGAAAAAUAGGUUCCACAGAACUUUACAUUACAUAUACAGGAAAGUCUAAAAAUAUAACCCAAGAUAAUAUGAGGUAUAAAAUAUUGGUUAGGACAGAAAAAAGAAAUACAAGACAUGUUGAUAUUACAGGAGGGAACAAUACCUUAGUGUCCCUUUAUCUGAAUGAGUCUGAAAAUCAACAAGGAUUUUGAAAAACAAACAAGAAUAGUGACAAUAAUGCCAAAGAAAAAUUCAUGAUAAUUUUAUCAAAACAAACAUAAUCUAACAAUAAAUAUAACCUUGAUUACAGAUUGUUAUUAAUAUGAAUUAAAAGAAAUUUAAAGUGGAAAUGGAGAUAGAAAAAAGUAAGAAAUAAUGAAACAAGUUAAUGCAUUGUCAGGUUCACUUUAAUUAUUUUAAAAGGUAAAAUUACUUCCAUGGUAUGAUAAUGUAAUAAAGUAGUACACAUAAAAAAAUAAGAGAUAGACUAAGCUAUAUGGAGAUAUUGUAAAUGGAACCAAUGACUUCAUUAAAUAAAUAAAUAACCUUAUAAAAAUGCAGUGAAUUAUUUUAACUUUAUAUAAUUUUUUUUAUUUUUAAUUUUUUUGGAGAACCACUGGUCAAGGAAAAAUAACAUUUUAUAACUAAGUUUUAAUUUAUUAUAACUUUAUUCUAAGAAUAAUAUGAGAUUAGGAAACAACUAUAAAUUUUUUUUUAGGAAAAACAAGAAAGACAUUAUUGCUAUACUUAAAACUUUGAAUUAUUUACAUACGUACAUAUGUACUUCCUCUAAAAUGAUACCAUCCAGUUUAAUAAUUUAUACAAAAAAAAAAAAAAAAAGAUAGAACAGUAUCAUCCAAAUGUAGGAAAUUCCUAAAUAAGUUUUUAAUUAUAAACUUGUACCACCACCCGAACCUCCUGAUAUGAUAUCACGUCAAAGAUAAACUUAUUUUUCUUGUACUAAAUUGUUAAUUCUUAAUAUUAACAAUGCUCUACUAAUGAGCCAACAUCUAAUUACAAACACUUGGAUUGUCAUAGUUCAUAUCAAAGAAUCAAAUAAAAAAUUUAACAAUAAAUGCAAUAAUUUGUUUAAAAUAAUGAGCAUAAUAAAUAUAAACAAUUAAGUACAUAAUAAUAACUAUGGUUUAUAAAAAAUAUUUUGACAAUAUAAUAUAUAUUUAUAUACAAGCUUAAACUCUGAUAAUAAGUUACGUACUAAAUUUGUUUUACAACCAUACUAAUACGGAUAUAAAAAUUAAAUAAAUAAUUUAUUCUAAUAUUUAAGUAAAAUUGCACAUUUUAAGAUAUUUAAGUAUAUUAAGAGAAAAAAAAAAUGCUGGAGAUAACUUGAACAAAAAACAAUUAAAUUUAUAAUAAAUAUUUUAAUGAAUGGUUAAUAUUUUAAUGUUCCAAACUAGUAAAGUUAUCAAACAGAUUAUGAGCAUCUUGAUUAUCUUUACAUAUUGAAAAUCAUGAUGGGAAAUUAAACAAAUAAAAGAAGAAUAUUAUAUGAAUUGAAAUAUAAUCAAUAAAAUUAAUUAGUUAAGUUAUCACACUUCAAAGUGAUAAACCCUGAAUUUUUUAAACAACCAUGUUUCACAGACUUUUUAAAAAAAAAGUUCUCUAAGAACUUAACCAAAUGAACUGAUGAAUGUACUCUAAACAUACUUUAAAAAUCUAAUUUUUGCCUAAAGUAUUACUUUUUAUAGAAUAUAUUUAUUUAAAUGAAAACAAAACCUAUCACUACCAUGGCACUAUUAAGUGGCCAAUAUUUUUCAUAUUACGUGGUAUAAGUAUAAACCUUUAAUGACAAAUGAAAGGGCACUUAGUUAAAAUAACAAAAAUAUAGAUAAUAUUUAUUGCUCUAAUCACAAUUUAUAAAAAGAGUUGGUCUGAUAAUUUCAGGGUUUAGCCUAGGAAAGUGGUAACUCCUAGCUAUUAGCCUGCCAUUUAAAUUUACUAUUCAUAAUCCACUGCUGGCCUCGGCUAUUAUCACAGGUCCUCAGCAAUGGCUGGGACGAGUCUCUGGGAUCAGGCUUCUGCAGACACUGGUUUGUGUUAACGUGCUUUAUUGUCCCAUCCUAAAACAUAACCAAAUAUUUGAUUAAUACUUUCACUUUAACUAAUAAAUGAUUACCAACUAGAUGUAAUCUACCACUUCAUUAGAGUUAAAUUUAGAUUACAUAAGCCUGUUUUUAUACAUGAUCAAGCGCUCCAGGUUGACUGAAUAAUAUCUAAAAUUUAUGAGGAAAAAUAAAAUGAGCUAUCAUUUUUUUAAAAAAAGGCUUAAGAGAAAAUGCCUUUUGUGUGAUAGCUUAACACUAAUAAAGUUUUUAUGAGGUAUAUCUUAAACAAAGAAGCGGGGUAGCUCAGUGGAUUGGGUACUAAAUUUCAAAGCUGAAGAUCCUAUGAUCAAAUCAGGCUGAUGGCAGGUUAAAUAAUUGUUUAAUUUACUUCAUCAGCUGUGGAUCAACCCUCUAUAAAGUGGGCUCUUGAUUACCCUCCUUGCUAAAUGUCUUAAGCAAUUUAAAGAAAACUUAUUGAACUUCUAUGCAAACGAUAUUUUUAGUUCUUUCUUCUAAUAGUAUAAAUAGGUAAAUAUACAUUGGUAUUUUCCACAACUUGAUCUAGAUAAGUAACAGUUCCCUACUGGAAAAACAGUCUACUUUCAUUUCUAGUUUCAAUACUCUAAUAAUAAAUUUAUCUAUGACAUAAAAAGGGAUUUAGUAAAAAGUUUAGGAGAUUCAUCGUGCAAGUUGAAAAAUAAGGAUUUAAGUAUUGGUACAUAGAACGUAAGGAGUUUGAAUUCAGCAGGUGGGUUAAAAUUGGUCGCGAAUGAGGUUACUGGGUACAAUUGCGUUAAUAAACAUACAUUGUCCGAUUGAUGAAGUCAAAUGCAAAUUUUACGAUAAACUCGAAUGGGUUUAUGAUAAACUACUACAAAACUACAUGAACAUAAUUAUAGGUGAUGGAAACACAAAGGUGGGGAGGGAAGAAGUUUAUGUUCCGAUGAUUGGCAAAGAAAGUUUGCACAAAUAUAGUAAUGAUAAAGGGAUCCGUCUGAUAAACUUUGCCAUCUCAAAAAACUUGAUAAUUAAAAGUACUACAUUUAAACAUAAGGAUAUUCAUAAAUAUACCUGGACAUCACCGGAUUCGCAAACACAAAAUCAAAUUGAUCAUGUCUUGAUACAACAUAUGUGGCAAAGCAGUUUAAUUAAUGUAUGGUAUUAUUGUCUAGCAGAAUGUGGGUUGGAUCAUGAAUUAGUAAUUGCGAAACUUUGACAAAAACUUAAUAUAAAAAAGAGAAAAGAAAACCGUUUCGAUUUUGAGAAUUAUAAUUUGGAAAAAUUAAAAAUCCAUCAAUUAGAACUCAAUUUGAGCUAGAUGUUAAGAAUACGUUUGAAGCUUUAGAACCUUCUGACGAGGGCCGCGAGGAUAUUGACAAGUUAUGGGCAGAGAUCGGGGAAAAUAUUAAAGCGGUCGGUAACUCGUGUCUUGGAAAAAAGGAAAAUAAGUAUAACAACCUGUGGUUUGACAAAAAUUAUAUAUAAAAAAAAAAAAAGAAAAGUCGCUAAAUUAAAUGCUCUAAAUAAUCCUAGUGAAGACAAUUUGGAAUACUUCCGAACCUCAAAGAAUGAAACGAAAAAAUUGUUCAAAAAUAAAAAAAGAGAGUAUCUUAAAAAUCAACUAAUAGAACCGAAAACAACAUAAGAGAAGUGUACAAAGGUAUAAACAGAUCACCUAAAUGUUUAGAGCCCGUCGCGUCUGGAAUAGGGAUGAAAAUAACAAUAUUCUGACCGACCCAGCAGACAUAUUAAAUAAGUUUAAGAACCAUUUUGACAAUAUUUUAAAUAUGGGACAUUAUUAUCUGUGUCCUCCUUUUGAGUACCCGAGAGCUGAACCGUUAAUAGAAGAAUUGAGUAAAGAGGAAGUUGAAGUAGCUAUCAGAAAAUUAAAAUCUUAUAACGCAGUGGGAACCGAUAAUAUUCCAAGUAAAUUAGUUAAGGCAUGUGGAGAAGCUGGAGUUUCUAAAAUACAUUUGUUGGUUAAAAAGAUCUGGGAGAAUGAGAUAUUACCUGAAGAAUGGAAAGAAUCUAUUCUCAUUCCGAUUCAUAAAAAGAGGUCGAGGACAAAUUGAAAUAACUGCAGAGGAAUUUCACUCCUUCCAAUAUGUAAUAAAAUAUUCACUUUGAUCUUAACUACUCAUAUCAUAGAAUACGCCAAGGAAAUUAUCGGUGACUCACCAAUGCGGAUUUAGAAAGAACCGUUCGACUAUUUAUCGAAUAUAUUCUUUACGGCAAAUAUUGGAUAAAAAAUUAGAGUAUAACUGUGAUGUUCACCAGAUGUAUAUCGAUUUCAAAAAGGCUUACGAUUCUAUUGACCACCAGAAACUGCAUAAUCUAAUCGAGCAGGGGAUUCCAAAAAAAUUAGGAAAUCUAGUCAGGAUGUGCUUGACAGAAACACUUAAUAAAGUUAGAAUCGGUAAUAAUUUAACCGAAAAGUUUGAAGUUCAUUCGGGAUUAAAACAGGGUGAUUCGAUUCUGUUUCUCCUGUCCUGUUCAAAUUGACAUUAGAACAUGAGAUUUGGGAAGUAAUGCAUACCAAAAAAGGGUUGGAUCUGGGUACGUCAACACCCUUGCUUAGCUAUGUGGAUUAUCUGGUCCUGUUAAGCAAAGACAUAGAAAUUAUAAAACUAAAUACAACAACGUUAAUGAAAGACGGUUAAGAACUAGAGCUCGAAAAUAAACAUGCAUAAGACAAAAUACAUGGUUAGCUGAAAAAAUGGCGAUACUGUUGGUGAUAUCGAUAUAGAGGGCAAUAUGCUUGAACAGGUAGAGAAGUUUAGGUAUCUAGGGUAUACGAUAACAUUAAAUUGAAGAGGAGAUUAAGGCUAGGGUGAUGGCGGGAAAUACUUGGUAUUUUACCUACCGUUCUCUUUAUGGAUGUGAAAUGUGGUCACCGCUUAGUUUAAGGAUGAGCAACGUCUUAAGGUUUUUGAAAAUAAAGUAUUGCUUAGAAUAUCAGGACUGAAGAAGGAUGAGCUAACUGCAGAGUUUAGACGGAUACAUAAUUCUGAAUUACGUGAACUAUAUCCAGUUAAUAUAAUUGAGGUGAUUACAUCUCUGCGAAUCAAAUGGGCUUGUAAAAUUGUUGGGCUUAGUAACAAAAGAAUUCCUAAAAGGUUAAUAUUUGCUGUACCGAAAGGUUAAAGCCGAUCUGAAGGGACUGGGUUUGGACAGCGAACAGUGGAGAGAGGUGUGUAAUAAGCAUUUGGUGGUGUCGGCAUCGAACCUUUGGGUUCGCUAAGCCUUUUAUUAUUAUUAUGACAGAAAAAAAUUGUCCCUACACUUUAUUUACAAUGAUUUUAAACAAUAUUUACAGCAAGCUUUAUUAGCCUGAUUGCCUGUAGUUUUCAUGAUUAACAUAUGCGUUUAUUGUUCUCUUCCUAUAGAUUGUAACGUGAUGUUACAAAGCCUAAAACCUCCCUCAAUAAACGGUCUAUCUAACACAAAAGAAUUUUUUCAAAUCUAUUUGUAUUAUAUCUACAUGCCAGCCUGAUGCAUAUAUAUUUUUUGAACUCUGCUAUUAUUUUAAAGGGACUUUAGUCCCAAACUAAAAUUAUUUUUCAUUUCAUUUCAAGAUAUGAAUCCAUGGUUGGCAGUGCUGAGCUAUAUUAUUGGUACGAUAUCCUCUGUUAAUAACAUUUCCACCUGGGACAUCCUGCACAUCAGAUUUUAUAUUGAAAUAAAAAAAAGGUUGUGAAGGCAGAGCCUGAAAGUACCCAAGCAAUUCCGUGCCAAAAAUGGCAGUUCCUAAAGACCUAACAGAUCAGUGAAAACUUUUCAUUUCUUGAAUGGACUAAAUUUCAAUUUGCUGAGAAAAAAUAAAAUAUAGAAUAUAGAACACACUUAUUGCACUAACAAGGGAAUUGAAUUUGCAGUCAGUGGAUCACAGAUUUCAACCAACUUUUUUUGGUGAUAUUAAUUUGAAAAAUAUUAAACAUAUGUCCUGGUCUUUGUUCCAAUAGACCCCAGGAGCUGGGAAAAAAUUUAUGUAAUUUUAAACAAAGCAAAGUGUUUUAUUUUUACCUUUGCUUUACCUGGAUUUUAAGGUUAUUAUAUACCAACUGAUUUGAUUUAUUGAUUAUAACACGUUAUAAAUUAUAUAUUACAACUGUAAUUGCACUUCCUGUAAAGUAAGCCAAGGAAACUUUUGUUACGAAAAAGCAAGUUAGAUUUGUUUUUGUGUUCUUAACUCUUUAACUAUAGUGGAUUCGAGUCAGAACCAGGAAACAGUAGACUCAUAUAUAUAAAGUAGGAAAAUCCUAUAUUUUUUAUAGAAUAUAUAUCUGUGACAAAUGUGCAAAGUGUUAACUACAAUUUUGUGAAUUUUUAUGGUUAUCACUAGAAAGCUGUCUUUCUUUGUGUUUAUUGGGCUAAGGUAUUACUUAGAUGAACAUUACUUUGUGAAUCAUGGGUUUAAUCUCGAAAAUUGAAUUUGCACCUGUGAAAUUGCGUUGCAAUGGCGUUUUUUUCAUAAAUAUGAUAUUUGCACUCAAUACACUAUGCACAUGAGCCACAGAUAUAUAAUUUUUUAUUUGUCCAUCCAUUCCUUACAUUAAUCUAUGCAUUGUCUUAUAUAAUAUACUGUCUUAUGUACAGAUUAAGAGUUGUGUAAUAACAAAAAAUAAGAAAAGUAAGUUAUUCUGUACAGUUUCGGAGUUUAAUCAUUAAAUUAUAAUUGCUCUAGCUUUUGAAUAGUUGAAGAUAAGAUAGUAAAGUAAUACAUAUUCUUAAAGAAAAUUUAAUAUUAAACAACUUUCUUCCUUAUGACUUUUUCGUAAAAUUGAAAGAUAAAGAGUUGGCGAGUCAACUAAUGAGAAAAAUGUGAUACAUUUUUUCUCUCCUUGAAAUUAGUGAAUUACAAGGACGGAUAUCACGAAAACUAUACAAUAUAGCGAAAAAACUAAUAUAAUGAUUUCUAUUGCAAAUUUUGUCAGCUUUAUUUUCACACAUCGCACUAUUAAAGAUAGUUUCACUGAUAUAAGCGAAAAACGGAAAAAAGUAAACCUUUUUAAUUGUAAAUUCUAUUUUUUGACUUUAUAUCCACGGGUAUGGGGUAACUGACUAUUAUUUCAUGCCUUAAGACUGUAAAUACUAUAAAUUGAAAGGUUGAUAACUUUAUAUAUCUAUAAAGCCCUCUUUAUAUAUAUGCUUACAACUUAUCUAGGGUCUCUAUCUAUCUUCACAUGCCCACCAUUUUUUAUAUAAACAGCUAUAUGCUGGCAGAUAUGCAUUUUUCUCAUCAGGCCUAUGGAUAUGAUCAGUCUAUAAGGACAAAACUAAGUAUUAAAUGUGACACCUUAUUUGCCCCAGGCUCCCCGACUAUGAAUGUUGAAUUUGGAGAAAAUCCUGAGAAAUUAUGAAUUUUUUUAGUUGACGGUAAAAUAAAAUUAAAAAAGAAUCAAGUACUCAAAUUUGCAAUUUUUGAUUUCUAUAAGAAUUAGUAUUAAAGAGUUUUUAAGCACAAAUUGAAUUUGAAGAAAUUCCUGAGGAGUUAUGAAUGCUUUAAUUGAGGCCAGAAAAAAACUUGUCCAAGAAAAUCAAAUAUUGAAAGAAGUAUUUUUUAUUUAUAUAACAAUUCAUAUUUAAGGGUUUUUGAAUUGAGUUGAAAAGAUUCAUAUUUAAUUAAAGGGCCCUAAAAACGAAUUUAAUUUGCUUUUUAGAACAAAAAUUUACUUGGUCUAUUUUAGGCAGCACCUUUUUGGUUUUUGAAAUUUAUGAAUGUUAUAACUCAUUUAAUAAGACAGCCAAUAUUUUCUCCUUAUUCUGCACAAAAGAAGAAAUCGAUUGAUAUAUAAUAACCUUAAAAUGAGGAAAGAAUAAAAAACAUAAAUUUUGUAUAAAUUUUUUUUUCUCUCCGCUCGCUCCUAGAUCUUAUAGGAAUGUACACCGGCAUGUAUGUUUGAUAUAUUUCGAUGUAGUAUCACUAAAUCUAAAAGUUAAUUGAAAUUGGUGACCCAAUGACUGCACAUGGUAGAUAAGAAGGGAAUAGUUGCUGAAAAAAAAAAAAAAAUGGUGUAAGGUCAUAUCUGAAAGAGACAAAUUCAGCCAAUUGUCACAAUUAGUUGUUACAGUUAAAAAUAAGUUAAAGUUAAAAAUAAACAAAAUUGUCAGACAUGUAAUUUCUAACAACCCAAAUUUUAGUCAUGGAUCAUGUCAAAAAUAUCUAAAAAUAAAAUACGAAGAAUGAUUAAUAAAUACCUCUUCAUUAUAUACCCAAGCCUGAUUUCCUCCCAUUCCAUGGCAUCGUACUAACUUAACUGGUCCAUCAAUAUUCGCUGCAUCCAAACAAUUAUCAUCUGACAUUAUUUGCUGACGUUUCGUAUAAGCAAAUACCUGA